UUUUUGCUUAAUAAAAAUAAAAUAUAAAAAAAUCUUCAACGAAUUCAAAUUAUGGCAAAAAACUCAGAAAUCCUAACAUGUCAGCGUGUUUUGUCGCUAAUGGUCAUCAUGGGAUUCAUGAUUCACCACAUGAUUCGAAUCAACAUUUCCAUAGCCAUCGUCGAAAUGGUGGUUAGAAACAACUCUAACACCUCGCUUGAAUCUCACGGUCCUCGUUACAACUGGGACGAAGAAGCCAAGAACGACAUUUUGGGCUACUUCUUCUGGGGUUACCUCAUCACUCAAUAUUUAACAUGCACACGCAUUUUGGCAAUUAUGGUCAUCCUGUGUUACAUUUUCCAAUACAUGAGCAGAAUCAACAUGUCAAUAGCAAUAGUGGACAUGACCUCCAACAGCACCCAAUUCAACUGGACGAAGAACCAAAAACACGACAUUCUGGGUUCACUUUUUUGGGGCUUUGUUUUCGGCCCUAUUCCAGGAGGCCGUCUUGCUGAAAUCUAUGGUGCCCGGAUUGUUCUAACCGUAGUAAUGUUCCUGAAUGGUUUUUUAACACUACUCACCCCACCUGCGGCCUAUUUGAACUAUUACUGCCUGUGGUGUGUCAGAUUUGGGGUGGGUUUAAGCGCGGGAGCAGCCUUUCCAGCCGUUUUUCCCAUUGUACCAAAAUGGAUUCCUGCCAAAAAUAUCUCAAAAUUCAUGUCUCAUAUACUAGCCAGUCAGGUCGGUUUAACACUGACGCUGAGUUUUUCCGGCAUUUUGAUCGACUAUUGGGGGUGGCCUUGUGUGUUUUAUAUAAGCGGGAGUAUGACUAUGUUGGGGUCGUUUUCCUGGUUUUAUCUGAUUUAUGAUUCACCUCAAAAACAUCCAAGGAUUAAAAAGGACGAAUUGGAGAAACUCGAAAAGGAAAUCGCUAAGACAACAGUGAAGAAACGAAGUCCUUGGCCAAAAAUAUUAACGUCGAGGCCUGUUUGGGCUUUCAUUGUUUCAUAUUCUGGUGUCCUGUUCAAUGUUAAUACUGCCGUCAAUUACCUUCCGUUAUAUUUGGACCAAAUUCUCAAUUUCGAUAUUAAAACAAACGGGGGAUUAUCUGGUUUGCCCUUUUUAGCAACUUAUUGUACAGCUGUUUUUACUUGCUGCUUAGCUGAUAGAUGGCGAAGACUGAACACAUUUUCUGUUUUUACAAUACGAACAAUUUUCGCCGGAACUCUUUUCUGGGGUUGUUUCACAGUACUCACCAUUUUGUCUUUUUGGGGUUACAACCGAAUUGUCGCAAUUGUUGCGUUAAUACUCUGGCAAGCUUUUUGCGGUUUGUCGAGUGCUGCGAUACUCUCCAACGUAAUGGAUUUUGCACCAAAUUACUCAGGAAGCAUUAAUGGAAUAUCUGCCACUUUUGGCGGUUUCGCUGGUUAUUUGUCAACAAAGCUCUUUUCCGCUUUUGUCAAAAACGAACACAGUUUUGAACAAUGGCAAUUUCUGUUUUGGAUAUUAGCAUGUGCUAAUGUUGUAUCUUUUUUAGUUUUUAUUUGUUUCGGGACUUCGGAAUUGCAGGAAUGGAAUUCAAACAGGGUUGAUGAAGAAACGGAGGCAACAGAACAAAUAAAAUUAGAUUGUUAGGUAGUACAUGGAAUGGGCCGAUAAAAGUUUAUCACGCCUAAAAAUUUUAAGAAAUUCUAGAGUAGGUAUAUUUUGCUUAAGACUAAAUAAGCAAUAUUUCUACACCUUUUUCAAGUGUAAUUCAGA